AUGGGAUGGUUAUUCUGGGCUGGGCUACCUCCAGUUCAGCUCCCUGUCUUCCCUCCCUGGAACUCCCCUGCCUGCCGCCGCCAGCCACCGCCGCAAGGCGAGGCGCCUGGAUCCCCGCGAGCCUCCCCACCCCUCCCUCGGGCCUUCGCCACCUCUCUCGACGCUCGCUGCUGCUUCGUCCACGCCGCCAGGUUCGUCCCCAUAAUCCUCUCCUCCACUCCCUCACACUACGACCUACGGCACCGUCUAGAAUGGUUCCGUGGGUGUUUUGCUGCUUACUCCAUGGCAGUGGCGCUCGCUGGCUUACUGGACAUGGCGGGUCCGAGAUGGAAGAAAGGCAAGGAUGGCAAGGAUUUUUCAGCUCUAGCAGCAGCUAGCCCCAUGUCAAGCAUUGUUGCCCAGCUUCAGUCUUCGCUGAAACGCUCUACGCUCUUGGCAACCUUAUCUAGCCGGGGCGGGGACGCGGUUCUUGCAGUGAACCCACAGCAAGCUACGCUUCUGAACCGUGCCGCCUUUGGCCGGUCUUUGGAAAAUGCUGGAGCAGAGGAACACUGGUUCCAGCUGGGCGCCGAGGAGGUCUUCUAUCUUUGCCAUGCUUUGAAGUGCAUCUCAGUCUGCAAGUCAGUGGGCGAGACGGGGUUGAGCGAAGCGGAGCUGUGGGAUCACCUCUGCUCCGCGUCGGAGUCGUUUCCCGAGAUGUACAAGGCGUACGCGCAUCUCAGAUCGAAGAACUGGGUGGUGCGGUCGGGUCUGCAGUAUGGUACGGAUUUUGUGGCUUACCGUCAUCACCCAGCGCUCGUCCACUCAGAGUUUGCUGUUGUUGUUGUUCCGGAAGGAGUGGAGUUCGGCGGUAGGUGUGGCCGACUGAAGGUGUGGUCUGAUCUACUGUGUGCGCUCCGAGCCUCUGGCAGCGUGGCCAAGACACUGCUGGUUCUUACCGUCUCCAGCAGUACCUGUGAACUGAGAUCACCAGAUUGUUUGGAACUACUGGUCGUUCAUGAGAGGACAAUUACAAGGUGGAUAGCCCAGCAGUGCCGUGAGCAGCGAUUUAAACCAAGCAGAGAAGAAGCAAAUAAGGAAGACCAAGGUCACACAAGAGAAACUGUAGUUUUAAACUAUUGGGGUGUAAUACUAGGCUUCACAGUUCUUUCCAGCUUACUUGUAUACAAGCUGAGAUUUUGACAGUAAAGCUUAAUAUUUCUGUAUGCUUCUGUUGGUGAGGUGUAGCUUUUCAUCUUAAUGCAAUCUUGUGCUGUUA